AGAACUCCAUAAGUUAUCGUGUUAUCUAUAGUGCAAGUAGGUAGAUUUUACCUGGGGAAUGGAGUCGCUGUUGGAAUCUACCCUCUGGGAGAGGAUCACAGAUUUUUUUUGUCUUCGUCCCUCCUUUGGUUCGAAGAUGUAAGAGGAUUCGAAUGGGGCUGUAUGUACUUUCCACCCCGGCUCCUUGGCAACUAUACAAGAUAGGAAAGCCGUCAGAGUUAAGAGCCCAACAGACUACCGGCAAUUCGAAAUUUCACGAAAUUCGACGUUCUCUACACCCACCACCCUCUUUGUAUCGUAAUUUGAUACUGACUUGGUAUCCCGAUGGGGUUCGAUUCGGGAAUGGAGUUUCCCCGAUAUAUACCCUGGAAAUGCUUUUACCUAUGGACACCAUGAUACUCCAAUGUACUCUGCUAUACCGUUAGAGCACAAACCUGGAAUAAUUGCAGGUCAAUAGUAAAUCCAAUACAGACUAAGACUGACUGUGCAAUUAUUAAUUACAAUAAGAAAAGGAUCACGUUCGCGGUAUAAAGAAUACACGAGAUUGACAAUGGACAUCCGGUUAAGGAUCUCGGGUAUUUCCCUGACAAAAAAUACUAAGAGAUAACCAGACGGAUGUUACAGAGAGACUAUAAGACCUUGAUAAAUUAUUAUAUGCAUGAGCCACAAUCAACGGGACCAUUCUGACUCUCCCGGACUGGUCAGUGUCAUCGUGUACACCGUACGUGACUCUUCGGAGAUUCUUCAGCGACGUCGAUCAACUUGUCUCCAGUGAAAUUGUCCAGUGGUCCAUAUCGAUCUUGAACGAGUCAUAAAGGGAGCCAUUGAGCGAGAACGUUGAGAGAAGAGCAAAGAAGUAAUCGAAGCACUCAGCCUCCUAGUUCAGAGUAAAGAAUAGAGUGAUGGACUUUGUCUCAUCUAAGUAGGAGCAACGGUAUCAGGUGUUGGCAAUAAGGCGGCGGUUGGGUUUGCUUGAAUAAUAGAGACCUAGGGAAAAAAUCGCCUCCUUUAUUCUUAUGGUGGCUGAAGAUGGCGGUAAGGACAGGAAGACGUUGACGAGGGACUCUGAAAACGAGUGGCAAGAGAAGGAGAGAGAAGUGAGAGGUAAAGAGAAGAAGAAAAAUACAAAUCAUUACAUUUACAUCAAUGAAGUCAUCGUGGAUGACUAGUUAUUUCAUCAUAUGGUCAAUUAGUGGGCCUAUAAGAUACUGAAACUGGAAAACGUCUUCUGACCCGUUGAACUGGAUUAUUUGCAUUAACCUUAUCAGUGUACCUAGGGAUAUUCGUCGAUAUUGGUUGUAUCCCUAGAAGCCUUGACAUACACUAGAGAGGUCACCCUGGUGAUGGGAGGAAUGAAUUUUAUAAAGAUCCAAUCAGUCCUGAAAAUUGGAUAAACGUGAUUAGAGGAAAACUGGUAGUACAAAAAAGUACCUGGACCAAGUAAAUCGAUAGCCAUCAAUCAGUUAUAAUAUUUUUACAGUGUAUGAACCAGUCUCUUGGUGAUUAUCAUAAACGUCAAACGAGCCCAUGAUGGAGUACGUGAGUGAUGAUCAAUACGUUGAAGUGACGACGGACAGUCUCAUCCUGGUGAGCACCACGUUAGAUCCCCGUAAUAACCUGACCAACGUCUACGGCGUGAAGACCCAAUUGGCUCUGUACGACGUGCUGAUACCGGUUCUGGGAUGUCUGAUAAUAGUGACAAAUCUGGCGGUGACCUUAUCUUCAGGAUUGUUAUUGAAAAAAGGAGUUCAGCCAAAGGCGACGUACCUCUUCCUCGGAAACGUCGCCAUGGCUGACCUGUUGACAGGGGUGGCAGUUCUUUUUGGUCAGUUCUACCCCAAGACGUUGAGAACGCACUUAACCUGCACCGUGCAGUUAGGUAUGAUAGUCUCCAGCACGAUAACCUCAAUCUACUCAGUGGGUCUGAUAGCAAUUGACCGGUUCCUGUACAUAGUCCACGGUCUCAAUUAUUCAAGAUGGGUCUACCCAACAAGAGCGCGUCUCCUGAUCCUCUUCACCUGGAUCCUGGGUCUGAUAAUAGGCUUCCUACCACUAACCGGUUGGUCCGGCUCGACGAACAACGGUCGCUGGUGCUGGUUCAUAAAGUUGGCACCGCCAGGUCUGAUAAUCCUGAUAACGGUAAUCGGUCUGCUGCCGAUCCUCCUGGUGCUGAUCCUCUACGGGAUCAUCCUGUACCACGCGAUCAACAAGGUGACCCAGUUGCAGCGCGCGGACGCUCGGCAAGCAGCGACCGCCGCAACUUCCGGUACGGCAGAAAAAAACAAGAUAACAGAAAUACGUAUCACUCGCGGUGGCCUCGGAGCGGAAGUCCAGGACGCAAAAUCUACGAAUCAAAAGCGUCGAAGCAAACCGUCCAAGGUAAAGGCUGUGAAGGUCGUUCUCCUGACAUCCGGAAGUUUCGUCGUCACGUGGAUGCCUUACUUCAUAGCGUGUUGCGUCUACGUCACGUGCGACGAGAGGACCCAGAACUGUGGCACCUUGAAGGUGGCGAUAGCGUCGCCACUGGCGAUCCUCGGCUUCCUGAACUCUCUUCUGAAUCCGAUAAUCUACGCCUGGUGGCACAAGGGCUUCCGUGGAUUCCUACGAAGUAUCCUCUGCCGACCUGAACCGUCGAACAACCAGAGCAGCACGUCCAACACCAGGUCAGGUUCAUCCUCGUCGAGGUCCAAAAGAACCCUGACAGCAAGCGUUUCCUCCCAGGAAUCACGACGCGAGUCUAGCGCCAUCUCGUAGACCAAUUCGGCUGCUUACUUUGCGACUACCUGCUUGUUAUUAACCGACCCUCGAUCAUCCAUCUACUUACCUAUCUACACCUACCCAUCCGCAAUACGUAUAUCCUGCUAUACGCAAAGCCCGAACUCCGUAUUACCGCAGGCUAUGUAAUAUCAAGGUGAAGCGUUCCCGGAGGUAACUGCAGGAAGCGUUGAGUGCCAGAGCAAUCACCCCGCCAACUUUUCUGACCCUAGGACAAUCACGUCGAAAUUAAAUACCCACACGUUUUAAAUGUACCCCAAUUCGCUCCAACAAAAAAAUAAUACAAAAAAAUCAUUUGAAAAACAUCCGCACACCUUCACGGAACUGACAAAGAUACGUGACAAACAAACGAGCAGUAUGAAUUAUCUGUAUAUUUGCACUUAAUAAUAAUAUAAUAAUAUAUUGUAUACGAUAAUAAUAAUAAUAAUAAUAAUAGUGUUA